GUUCCGCGAAAAAUUGUAAAAAUAUAAAUUUCACAACCCAAUAAUCGUAUACACAUUUGUACCAUACACAGUAAAACAUACAUAUAAGAGGCAUAUUUCACACAUAUUAAACCGGAAACGUUUUGCGCGGCUGUUAAAAAUUUGCCGUAAUUGUAUCAGGAUCUAUGUACUGUACUACUGCAGUAGUACUACUACUUCCUCUACUACGCAGUACUUGCAUUUACUGCGCUGUCUCUGUCCUCAGUGAGUGUGGUUAACGUUACAGUUUAUCCCUGAAGUCAAGCUGGACGGCCAGAGUGAUUUUUUUUAACCCCCAUGCCACCCAAGAGAGAGGCAGUAGCGACUCCAACACAACCACCAGUCAAGAUGAUAAAAAUCGGCACUGAUGCGCAGGAGUUUGGCUGUGAUCCAGUGGAGGAUAAGUACAGGUUGGCCGAAGAGUCCAGCUACUCACCUUUUCCCAACAAUGAGCAUGAAACCAUUGAAUUUGAUGAAGAAAAUGUUGCAAGUCCAGGCAUCAGAACAGACACCAUCAGUCUCCUCAUGAAAAUAGAGCAACUGCAGGCACAACUCAAAUAUGAACGCAGAUGUAGAAUUUUGGCCGAGAGAGAGUUGAGGGAGCUGAAAGAGAUGAACACUCUCAUGAUGCAGAUGAGACACACGGCACAUGAACUUCGAGUCACUCUGGAUCACGUUCUCCAAGGAGGCGAGGCAGCAGUUGCACCACAGAACUCUCAAGAUGAAAGUAUCUCUUUCCUGGCUGAGCCUGAGGCAGAGAUGAGAGUGGUUCAUAAUAUCCCAGAGGACGAUCACAACUUCUUGUAUCUCUCAGAGACUCUUCGAGUACCAAAAAAUCUUUAUGAGCGAGUCGCAGAGAUUGCAGACUACAAGAAGUACACUUCAGCACUGCUGAUGAUACUUUUUGACAGAGAAACGUUGGCCACACACUCUCUGCAGGGCCGGAGGAACACCUUUACUGGAGAAGAUUGCCAGAAGCCUCAACUCCCACCUGAGAUCUUGAGAGAUCAUGUGGCAGUCAAGUUCGGCGUUGAUAGCAGCCAUAUAAAAACUGCAAUCCGCACAAAGUUGAAUAAUGAGGACAAACUAUUAAAGAAGAGACUGGGUUUGGGUAAAGCUGAAAACAAAGCUAUUGUUGAUCAAAGCUUUUGCCAAGAUGCUGCACUUCUACCUGAAAAUGAAGCAAUGAGAAAUAAUUCUCAGUUAUAGACUUCUGAGUCUGCCUUGAUCUAUUAGUCACCAGUAUUUGUAUAUGUCUGAUAGAAAUGUGUGACAGGUUGCCUUUUUAAUCAACGUCUAGUUUAUUCAGUAUUGAUAUCCAGUGCUUGAAGUUAGUUUUUUUUUUUAACACUUUUUAGAAUUCUUACUUUUUUACUUUGACAGCUGCUGUUGUCAGUCGUGUGUUUGAAAAAAGUUCAACCUGGUGACCCAACCAAGACGUUGAACAGCACUAUAAAAUGUCACACGUGUAAUCGUCAGUGGUAAAAGCAAAAGUGUUCUUAUUUAAUUUGAGGUAGUAAGUGGCUGUGUCUAAAUAACAGGUUUGUGAAGUCGGUCUUUGUCAAACAUUUAAACUGGUUUAACUUUUAAAUCAGCAGUUUGAGAGUUGGACAUUUUAAAGUAAUAGCGAUGUCAUUUGUACCCUGUUCAUGACAAAUUGUGCUUUACUCCAAAUGAUACUGUGUUUCUAGAAUAGUUUUUUGCAGUUGCAAAAUAUGCUGUAAGUGAUAAUUAAUCUCCCUGCUUCCACAACAUCUGUUACAUCACUUCUCUGUUUGUUGUGCUUAACUACAUAAGGGCCAAUAAACUUUUUGAACUGA